CGCCCGCGGAACCGGAAGUGGAGCCUGGCGCCUGGGAGCGGAGGGCGAGGCGGGAGCCAGGGCCGACCCGGGCCAGAGCGAACCCCGGCGGCGACGGAAUCAUUCCCCAAUGCCUGGAAAUUCCUCGUUGGAUUGCCGUGUUUUAAACAGAGUUUUGUGAACAGCCUUUUAUCUCCAAGCAGAAAGAAAGGUACUUGUGUCUUGUGAACAUCCUGACAUUCUUUCUUGUGGAUGAUGUGGAAAGCUUCGGCCGGCCACGCUGUGUCCAUCACCCAGGAUGACGUGGGAGCCGACGACUGGGAGACCGACCCCGAUUUUGUGAAUGAUGUGAGUGAGAAGGAGCAACGAUGGGGUGCCAAGACCGUGCAGGGCUCCGGGCACCAGGAGCACAUCAACAUACACAAGCUGAGAGAGAAUGUUUUUCAAGAACAUCAGACCCUUAAGGAGAAGGAACUUGAAACAGGACCAAAAGCCUCCCACGGCUACGGAGGGAAAUUUGGCGUGGAGCAGGACCGAAUGGACAAGUCAGCUGUUGGCCACGAAUAUCAGUCGAAACUUUCCAAGCAUUGCUCACAGGUGGACUCGGUCCGUGGCUUCGGAGGCAAGUUUGGUGUCCAGAUGGACAGAGUUGACCAGUCUGCUGUAGGCUUUGAAUACCAGGGGAAGACUGAGAAGCACGCCUCCCAGAAAGACUACUCCAGUGGUUUUGGCGGGAAGUAUGGCGUGCAGGCCGACCGCGUAGACAAGAGCGCUGUGGGCUUCGACUACCAGGGCAAGACGGAGAAGCACGAGUCACAGAGAGAUUACUCCAAAGGUUUCGGUGGCAAAUAUGGUAUUGACAAGGACAAAGUGGAUAAGAGCGCCGUCGGCUUUGAGUAUCAAGGCAAAACGGAGAAGCACGAGUCCCAGAAAGACUAUGUGAAAGGGUUUGGAGGAAAAUUUGGUGUGCAGACAGACAGACAAGACAAAUGUGCCCUUGGCUGGGAUCACCAGGAGAAAUUGCAGCUGCAUGAAUCCCAAAAAGAUUAUAAGACUGGUUUUGGAGGCAAAUUCGGUGUUCAGUCGGAGAGGCAGGACUCCGCUGCCGUGGGGUUUGAUUACAAGGAGAAGCUGGCCAAGCACGAGUCCCAGCAAGACUACUCCAAAGGAUUCGGUGGGAAGUACGGGGUACAGAAGGAUCGGAUGGAUAAGAAUGCGUCAACCUUUGAGGAUGUCGUCCAGGUGUCCUCUGCCUACCAGAAGACGGUACCUGUUGAAGCUGUGACCAGCAAAACAAGUAACAUCAGAGCUAACUUUGAAAACCUUGCUAAGGAGAAAGAGCAAGAGGACCGGCGGAAGGCGGAAGCGGAGAGAGCUCAGCGGAUGGCUAAGGAGCGGCAGGAGCAGGAAGAGGCCAGGAGGAAGCUGGAGGAGCAAGCUAGAGCCAAAACACAGACGCCCCCUUCGUCGCCCCCACCUCAGCCAGCUGAGGAGAGGCUGCCUACGAGCCCCGUCUAUGAGGAUGCGGCUUCCUUCAAGGCAGAGAUGAGCUACAGAGGUCCUGUGAGCGGGCCAGAGCCGGAGCCCGUGUACAGCGUGGAGGCUGCUGACUACCGAGAGGCCGGCAGCCAGCAGGGCCUGGCCUACGCCACAGAGGCUGUCUACGAGAGCGCAGAGGUCCCGGGCCGCUAUCCUGCAGAGGACGGCACCUACGAUGAGUACGAGAACGACCCGGGAAUCACAGCCGUCGCCCUGUACGACUACCAGGCUGCGGGCGAUGAUGAGAUCUCGUUUGACCCCGACGACAUCAUCACCAACAUCGAGAUGAUUGAUGAUGGCUGGUGGCGUGGGGUGUGCAAGGGCCGGUACGGGCUCUUCCCAGCCAACUACGUGGAGCUGCGGCAGUAGGGCUGGCCCCACCCCCCGGAGCUGCGCCCCGGGUCCUCGCACUACAGAUCAGGCCUUCAUUGGUUCUUAGGUUUUGGGUUUUUCUUUUUUUUUUUUUUUUUUUUUUUUU